GAUAAAUCAUAGAACAUACAUAUACAUUUAAAGCGACAGAUUGGUAACUUUCCUCGCCCAGUCUUAGAACUCGCUAUCCACUGUGCAGCCGCACGUGUCACUUUGUGAAACGAUAAAAAUGCACCACUCGCAUUCCCUAGGAGGAAAAAUACAAGACCGACACCCCCUCUCUCGAAACAAAGGUCAAAGUUCACAGGAAGCUGGGGGGCUGCCAUUUUUCCUGCAAACAUUUUUAGAUGCAAAAGAGACGAGUGUGGUCGUCGCUGAAUAUAUAUCAUUAAUGUUUUGUGACAGUUUUCUGUUUAAAAUAUUUCACCCUGUUCUCAUAGAAACUCAUCAUUGAUGAAUGAAGACGAGAUGGAAAGGAUAGCGGAACAAUCGUGGAAUUCUUCCUACACCUACCAGGUGAGCAAGCACAGCGCUGAGAUGCUACACAACCUCAACGUCCAGAGAAAAGAUGGAGGCAGGUUUUGCGAUGUGAUCUUACGCGUCGGAGAGGAGAGCUUCCCUGCUCACAAGGCGGUGCUAGCGGCUUGUAGUGAAUACUUUGAAUCGGUAUUCAGUUGUCAGGCGGAAGGCGACGGCGAGACGAAGGAGCUGGAGAUGCACACCAUCAGCCCCAAAGUUUUUAAAGAUAUUUUGGACUUUGCUUAUACCUCAAAAAUUGUCGUACGACUGGAAUGCUUCCCCGAGCUGAUGACAGCGGCAAAGUUUCUUUUGAUGCGCUCGGUCAUCGAGAUCUGUCAGGAAGUAAUCAAGCAAUCAAACGUACAGAUUCUGGUUCCGCCCUCGCGAGGAGACCUUAGUUUGUUCCGUACUGCUGGGGGCAACGAAGUGGGUUAUCCAUUGCCGUUGGACAUGUCGAACGGAGCUGGACUUGUAACUAACGGUCCUGUGUAUGGUAGUAAUGGACAGACGCACGAUGUUGAUGGUAGUCAUACCAGUGGUCCAGUUUUGUCGAGUGGCAGCUCCCAAUCCGCAAUGCCCGUGCUGCAUACUGUUGAUAGGCUACCUGUGACACCAACAGAGCAGACCGGGAAUCCAUUUCAAGGAGGAGGUACUCCAGGGUCGGGAAACAAGAGAGGCAGAGGACGACCAAAGAAAGUGCCAGCUAUGGAUCCUUUACUUUUUAACCAUAGCGUUCCUAAGGACCUCGGUAUUUUCCCAUGCGGAAUUUGUGGGAAGAUAUUUACAGAAACAGUGCGUUUGCGAAAUCAUGAAGCACAGCACGCCGCAUCCAGUGGUCUGCACAGCGGCGGAGUCAACAAUAGCGGGGACAGCUCGGUUGGUGUGGGAGGCCCAACUCCGUCAUCUCAUGCCCAGUCAGGACUGCUGGAAAAUGGUUUGACUCUGCAUAGUGGUGUGGAUGCCAGUCGCAAGAGAGAAAGGACGAGACGUCAUGUUGGUUGUGACAUUUGCGGGAAGGUAUUUCGCGACGUGUAUCACCUGAAUAGACACAAGCUAUCUCAUUCCGGUGAGAAGCCAUAUGCUUGUCCUGUUUGUGGCCUGCGGUUUAAGCGCAAGGACAGAAUGUCGUACCAUGUGCGUUCACACGAUGGCUCCGUGGGCAAACCGUACGUCUGUCAAAGCUGCGGGAAGGGCUUCUCCAGACCUGACCACUUGAAUGGACACAUAAAACAGGUCCACACGUCUGAAAGACCCCAUAAGUGCCAGAUCUGCAAUGCAUCCUUUGCCACACGGGACCGUUUGCGCUCUCACUUAGCCUGCCAUGAAGACAAAAUCCCUUGCCAGGUGUGUGGAAAGUUCCUGCGGGCUGCCUACAUGACUGACCACCUCAAGAAACACAGCGAGGGUCCACAUAAUUACUGUGGUAUAUGCAACAAAGAUGCCCUGCUUUUACCCACCAAGGGCGCCUCACUGUUUUUGGUGUGCAUGGAGCUGAAAAUGAUCCUAUUUUUAAGUGCUCUGAGAAAAAAGCGCCCUUUGACACUGUCAUACUCCGUUAUGACAAGGACUGGCCUGUUUAAAAGCUGACAUUGUACUUAUUAAAUUGACAUAAUGUUGUUGAAAGCAGGGCUAAGCUCCAUAUAUUAUUAUGAAAAGAUUCAUGAAUUUAAUUUCUAACAAGACCAAACAUGCAUAUUUUUUGAGGUAAUUCAGUUCAUGUAAAAGCAUUACUUCUGCUUCUAACACCAGAGGUGAUAUUUGUAGACAAAUAAUCCAGUCAGUUGUGACCUCCAUUUUCAGGCAAAAUAUUUUCCAAGUAACAAAACCAAAUCGCACCACAUUGGUGCUUGAAACUGGAACUGCUUCUAGAAAUGUAGAUUUCAACUGUCACAACAAUCAUUAUCUAUACAGACAUAAAGAUUUUCAAUCAGUGAUUUCAAUUAAAUUCCACAGAUUGCAUUCAAACUUAAAAUCAAAACUGAGACAAACUGCCAGAGGUGGCACCCAUAGAUUGCAUGCCUAGAUUAGCAUGACUUUUAAUUGCCCCAAAACUUUUCCUUUGUGCUUUGUGGAGGGGGAAACGAACAGCAUUCUUAUAAACAAUAUGAUAUUGUCUCCAAUUCACUGUUUCUCUAGGGCUAUAAUCUAAAUAUCUGACACUAUCCAAUGAUAGAAUUUCCCAUGAGCUAAGAGAUUCUGUUGCGUCUGGAACAGAAUGCUAAAUAAGUUUUCUUAAAGCAAAUGUCUUCUUAAUCUUCUUUAUUUAUCCGGGGCUAUGUUCUUUUACAAAAUUGGUUUGAGCAGUGAUGGGUGUCCUAGACCACCAGACUCGUAUUUUGGCAGCUUACUCAAGAUUAUUAAAAAUGUUUUGCACCAAUUUGUCUCUCUCCUUUGGAGGUGGAGGCCAGAGACUUUGCUGGGUGUUUAUUUGCAGCGGUCUUGGACUUUUCCUAGGCAGACUGGGAGGUGAAGACACAGGGGUUUUUCCAUAUUGGACAUCUUAAUGAUAGGCAGGAAGUUCAUGGGUUGAAGAUGUCUGUGUGAAGUUGGUAGGUUGAAGAUGUCUGUGUAGGUCUUUUGAGUGUGACUUGCCGAAUGUGUGUGGGGAACAGGGAGUUAGGGGAAUGGUGUUGAAUGAAUGUACCCGAUACACAUAAGUGCAGUUAGCUGGAUGUCAUUGUGAUGUGUGUAACUAGACUAGACUGAGGCACAAUACUCUGAUGCAGUAUGCAGAGAAGAUUGUUUCUGGAUUUUGCCUUUCUGAUGGUCUUUUAAGGACAGGGUCCUAUCAAGAGUCACUCCCUGGCAUGCUGGGUUUAGAGUGUGCUUCAGUGCAAGUCCAGUCAGCUGUAUGUUUGGCUCUUUGGCGGCCUUAGUGUUGUCGAGGUGGAGUACACUGAAACACAAUUUUUUUCUGGGCUUGGUUUUAAAUUUCAGGGAUUGCAGUGCCCGUCUAGUCUUGAAAUGUCUUCAGUCAGCACCUGCUCCAGUGAGUCAGUUGGAUGCUGUGGUUGCUAGCCAGAUGCUAUCAAUGUAGAUUAAUUUGCUCCGUGCACUUCUGUUCUGUCUGAGGCACAGUAAUGGUGGUUUCUGUUGCCCAGGCAGGAAGUGCUCUUGACAGUUUCAGGAGAAAAUCCUUGUGCCAGAUGGUUCCAUAGGCAACUGUGAAGUUGUUCCUGUCUUCAGCUUUUUCUAACGGCCAUUCUUAAUGUAGUUGGUGAGGGCCAGUACCAAUAUUCAGACAGUAGGUCCAGAACAUGGCAGCGAUGCCUUUGACCACAUGUACUGUCUCAUGAUGCACAAUGGACCAUAGUUUUACCAAGGGAGAGAGGGUGAUCCCUACCUCAUCCCUCACAAUUGACUCCUGAUCCAUUGAGCAACCACAAUCUGCUUCCAGGAGUAGCUCCGGGGCUCGUUGAAAAACGGGAAAAGAAGCUGACACUUUUCUGUACAUCCAAACUGGUUUGCUUUUACUAACGUUAGUGAAGGCUUCAAAUCAAUUGUGCUGUCCAAGGGAGGAAGGGGGGAUCAUUCUUUAGUCCUUCCUUCUUUCUACAAGGACAGGUAUUUGAUUGCAAGACACAUUAUGAACCUUUUCUUCCAGAACAUGUUUGUCCUAUUCUGUCUGAUCCAGAAAAAUGAGUAGGAGCAGUCACAUUUUAGUGACUGAUUAUUCUGCAGUUAGUUCAGUGCACUGCUGGGAUUAAACAGGGUUAUGUUACCAUUUAUUUGCCUCCACUGGGUUAAACAGGGUUAUGUUACUAUUUAUAUGCCUUGACCUUUUUCACGUUUUGCCUCGUUACUCAUUUAACAGCGGUGAAAUAUAUAUUUUUCCACUUACACAAUAAAUUCUUAAUUUUUAUUCAACAUUUUUUUUUUCCAAAAAUUGAACUUGCAUUUCUCAUUUAUAAAAUAAUUCAUGCCCCAGAGUCAAUACUUUGUAGAAAUUUUCGGCAGCUAUAACAACUCUGCAUUUUCAGGUAUGACUAUGCUUUGUGCAUUUAUACUUCAAAAUUUUGGCUCAGUCCUCCAUGCAAAUUUUCUCCAACUUUCUCAAGUGAGGCACAAAGCAGUACUGGACACAAAUGUGCUGCUCUUACCAAGGAUUUCAAUUUCCUAAACCCCAAUUAGACACAGUCGUCUAAAAAUAGCAUUCUCGUAAAAUCAUUGCUUUCAUCAGUCAUUGAUUGAAGGUGCACUGCUGUAACACAUACAUCAUUGUAAAGCGUACCUGUACUGUAUAUGAUUCUGGAGAUAAUGGUAGUUUAUUUAAGACAGGGGAGGAUUCUUACAAAAAAACAUGAAUUUUACGUGUGGCUUAAGGGGUUAAAUAAGAUUUAUGUCUGUUUUUGCUGAGCCAUUCCAAUUUACUCACCUUCUUGUUUUUAAGCAAUUCUUUGUAGUUAGUGUUGUCUUUGCCUUAAACACAGAUCUAUUUUGGACAGAAACUGGUUCUCCUCAAAGGUUUGUCUGAAUUUGGCUUCAUCCAUCUUGCCUCUAAUGGCAGUAAGCUUCUCAGUCCCUCCUGCUGGGAAGGAACUCCACAGUAUGAUUCUGCCAACACCAUGCUUGAUGGUAGGUAUAGUGUUACCUUGGUGAUGGGCUGUGUUUGGUUUGUGGCAAAUAUGGCACUCUCAGACUAAAAAGCUCAACUUAUAAAACCACAAAAUCAUCCACCAGAUGGCUCCUGGCCUAUUUCACAUGUGCCUGAAGAAGUGGCUUCCAUCUAACCACUCUCCCAACAAUGAUACAUAGCUUCAAUGAUGCGAAGCACCAUGAGUGCUACUCACUCCCCAUCUGGAGAAUCGUCUGACUUAUAAACAAGAGUGACAGAGUGGGCUCUAUUUUCCAGAAUCAGUGGCGCAUGGACGCAAUCAAGUGCGCGGUGGACUGAGCGUGACUUGUGAUUUUUCGUAUUUUUGGGACAAGAUGUAAGGAGUGCAUUGUGCAAAAUGUGUGGUGCUCCUGGAAACAGGGUUGGGUUAUACUAAAUAUAUUAUCAGUGGGUGUGGUGCAGCAUUUAAUAAUAGCCAAUCAAAUUACCUCUUUUCAUUCCCUUUAAGAGCCGCGCGCAUUGUGUAGGGUGUGCUGCCAAUUUUUGUAGCCUACCGCUCCAGUGGCAGACUGAUAUACUAAUCAGAUGUUUCUCAAAAUGUUCUUUUGUGGGAGGUGCAGAUUUGGGCUGUCACUUUUUUUCUUUCAAAAAUUGAGUUUGAUCAAAUCCCAUAAAUAAGAGAAAUUUGUUCAAAUUUGUUCAAAUUUUCUUCGAUCAGUUGUAAUUUGCCAUUUAAUCUGUAGCUAAAUAGCUUAAAUGCUGUAUGCUAUAACAUAGAAAUAAUGACAACAGUAUCUUGAAGUUUUAUUAAACAAAAUAAAACCAGGGGAGAUCAUAGCGUGCCAGUGAUCCUGUUCACAGCAGUACAAUGACUUGGUGUUGCUUAAAUGAAAGAAAAAUGAUAACACACAAGUCCAUCAUUAAUUCACAACAAAGGCAUGGCUUAACUGAACUGAGCAGGAUUUGAGUGGUGGUUUCGUCAUGUUGUAAAUACAUCCAUUUUGAUUAUUUAUCUCCUGGUUACAAAUCAGCGUAGGUUUGACUUGUAUUACUUACUCAGACAUUGCUAAGCAAUGAAACAGCAAAUCUAUCCCCAUGUGGCAUGGCACAUCUACGUACAGAAUGUAAAUAGAACAUACAUAUAAAAGGGGAAAGAAGAGGUAAAACCUGCUUUCCACUUCACACGUGAUUCAUAAUUGGCUAACAAAUUACGUACAGUAAAGCCUACAGAAAAUGGAGAUUGGCUUAAAAAGGUUUCUUGACUCUUUUCUAUUGACCGGACUACAUGGACAAAAUAAACAUGACAAAACCAAAACUCAUCCAAUCCUGCAUAAGUGCCGUUUUUGACAAUAAACAAAAAAAAUUCUCAAACCAAAAGUCCAAAUAGUGUAUCCCCCAACAGAGAAUUAAACCUCCACCCAGAGUACCUUCAAAAAUAAUAAA